AUGGCAGACGAUGGCUCGCAGGAUCAAGAGUUUUCUGAGUUGCUGGGGUUCCUGCAAGACCAGAAGCCUGAAGUGAGGCGCUUUGCUGCGGAGGGUGUUCUUGGGCAGACGGAGGACACCAGCUUUUUGGAUUUUUGCCGACGGACUCCGCGCACUGCAGCGAGGCCCCUCCUGCGCUUGGCGGAGAAGGCCGAAGCCGAGGCAGCAGAGGCAGCACAGAUCGGCAGCAAGGGCGGGAGCUCUCAGGCCGAGAAGACUGCGGCCAUUCAGGCCGCAAGCAGCAUGGCUGCCUGCGUUUCGGCUUUGAAGGCUCUGGUGAACCUGUCCACCAUCCCCACCGUUCAGGAAGAGCUAGUUGCCCUGAAUGCGCCAAAGCGCAUCACCGAAUCCUUGCGAUCGGGUUGGCUGGAGGGUCGAGCUACGAUGGCCCAUUGGUAUGCAAUGCUGCUGGCAAACGUCUCCACUAGCGUGAAAGGUCAGCAAGCGCUAUGUAGCGAUGAAGGCAUGCUCAAAUUUCUGGUUGCAGCCUAUGUGACUAAACCACGGCCUCCUCCAAGAGAUGGCUACGAAGAUCCGCUGCUUUGGCUUGGGAGUUUGCUUGUCAAUGUGUUGGUCGUGCCUGAAGGGCGCAAGCUCUUUGCUCUGGGUGAGCAUCACGCGCUGCCCACCAUCUUCGGCGAGCUGGCAGAUCGCGGCCGAAGACAGGACAUGAUCAAUGCCGUGAAGAACAUUUGCUUGGACUCGGAGUGCCACCAGACCAUCAUUACAACAGAUCUGAUCUCGCAGAUGGCAAGGUUCCUCUGCCCGUGGGACAGCCUCGAUGCGGAAGCGAAGUCCGCGCUGCCGGGGGCGCUGAAGGAGUGCCUGGAGAAGGAGGGCGCAUCGCUCACAGGUGACGUUGCUGUUCGAUCGGCCGCUGCUGUGAGUUUCAUGGGCCUUUGCCGCUCACUUGCUGGCCGAGACUAUCUCCGUGCCUCUGGAUGCGAGCAGGUCUUGCGUGCCUGGCAGGCCCAAGAGAUCGAUGGCACUAUCAAGGAGCAACUCGAUGUUGUACUCCCGGCGUUGGUGCUGUCUGAAGACGAGCUGAAAGCUGAGCAAGAGAAGUUGGCAUCCCAGCAGCACACGGAGUCUACGACGGAGGCUAGGGAGGCUGGUCCAGCGGAGGAUCCCUGA